AAAAUUAAAUAUUUCUCGGGAACUCUCACAUUUUCAACAAAAUUUCCUUUCCGCGUCCUUCUUAAGCCCUCUUGGUCCUCUCCACCUCAAAUCCCACCAUGGAUCCCUCCGAUUUGCAGCCGUCUCCCCGGCGGGAGUUGCAGAUUCAAGGCCGCCGUCCGUCGCCUCUCAGCGUCAGCAAGGACUCCCACAUGAUCAGGAAGCCCCCCAUCGCCCCGCCGCCCCGCCAUCCCACGGAGGAGCGCCAGCCGCCGCCGCCGCAGCAGCUGCCGCCUCCCCGUCGCGAUCCGGUCAUCAUCUACUCCGUCUCCCCCAAGAUCAUCCACGCCACGACAAGCGAGUUCAUGACGCUGGUCCAGAGACUGACCGGCCAGGAAUCCGCCGACCCUCACUCUCCUUCCCUGCCCUCGCCUGGCGGCGCGCUCUCCCCCGCCGCCCGCAUCGCCUCCUUCGAGAGGCCGUCGCCGCGCGCGUCAGCGGCCAGGUCCGGCACAUCGGAUCUGGCGAUGGACGGCUUGCCAGCCCCGGACCGACAGAGUCUGUUCCCCGGGAUCCUGACGCCGAUGCCGGCGGCGCUUCCUCCGAUCUCGCCCAACCUCUUCUCGCCGUCGUUCGACCUCAGCUUCCUGUUUGAAUUGAGCCCGGCUUUCGCCAACAAAACCCCUAACAAUUUGAGCAGCAGCUUCUUGGCCAGCCCUAGCAACAACCUGCUCUCGACGCCCACUGUCCCAUCGCCUGGAGCCAUUUGGGAUCUCAUGCACCAAUUCCCAGACUCGUUGUAGGUCAAGAGAAACCAAAUCUCUGUAACGUGCUUCCCUACUUUGAUUCCUUCAAUGGAAGAAGAGAAGAAUGAAACGCAGAAGGGAGAAGAUUGGAAAAGGAAUGGCCAGUAAUGGAUGGAGGUAGCUUUGCUAGAGCAGGUUGGAACCAUCCAUGAACUUCUCUGUGGGGCAUUUGAGAGCUACAUCUCUUCCAUUUCCAGCUGACUCUCGAUAUCUUCCACAAAUCUUCAUAAUUUCCACACAGGUAAGCAAUUGAUCUCUUCAGCCAUUUGAUUUUUUUUUUUUUCCAAGCAGCUUUGGAUUUUGACAAUUUUUUAUUCUUUUUUCUUAUUGACUAGAAAGUUAUACGCGACAAUAAAAAAUUAAUGCAAAAGAAAGAACUUGGUAAAUUGGCACAAAUUCGAAUUGUUUUUUUCUAUCUCG